AUGGCAUCUAAAUUUGACGCUGAAAAGGCAGAAAACUUGGGAGAUAUCGAAAUGCAGUUCGCUGUGAAGGCUGUAACCCAGGCUGAAACAUACUGGGGAUUAUUGGAAAAAAUUCCUGGUUCAAAGUUGAAGUUAACCAAAUUUGAUGAUGACAUCUUUGAGCAAUUACUCAUUGACUUUCCCGAAUUCAAAGACCCAAGCAAUGUGGUCGAGGUUCAAGAAGAAGAAAUGAAAAGCAAGGAAGGAAAGGAAAAAUGGAGAGCUUUCUGUGAAAAAUUCAAUGAAAUCGAAGACUACAAUUUCGGUACUUUAUUGAGAACUAAGUGUACUGAUGAAUACACCCAACAUGGUACUAUUUUCGUGGUAAGAAUCCAAUUCUAUGCCUUCGAAAUCGCCAGAAAUAGGUACGGUUUGAACGACUGGGUAUCUAAAAAAUAG